AUGGCACCACAACUGCCGCAGCCCCAGCCGCCGCCGCCUCCGCCUCCAAAACCACCAGUACAAAGAGAAGAUUCAGGCGCCACGGCAAAGAAGAGCUCGGCUCUCAACAUGCCGAUCUCCCUACAACCAGCAUACAGCAAGAGAAGAACUCCUUCAAGAUCCGAAAGAUUCUUUCGAAAGUUCAAGUCGACGUUCCGAUCAUUACCCAUCGUGGUGCCGCCGUGUAAUAUGCCAACAGUCCCCAGGACCCGUCCUGGAGACCUGCAGAUACACGGCGGCAAGAGAAUAACCGGUACGCUAUUCGGCCACAGAAAAUCUAGGGUUAACCUUGCAUUCCAAGAAACACCUAAUACUCUCCCGUUCCUUCUCUUGGAGCUGGCUAUCCCAACGGGAAAGCUGCUCCAAGACAUGGGAACUGGGAUGAAUAGAAUCGCCAUGGAGUGCGAAAAGCAGCCACGGAACGAUAAGGUUGAACUUGUUGACGAACCAUGUUGGACGAUGUUUUGCAAUGGAAAGAAAAUGGGUUAUGGGGUGAAGAGGGAACCCACGGAUGAGGACCUGAGCGUGAUGCAGCUUCUGCAUGCGGUGUCCAUGGCGGUCGGCGUGCUGCCGGAGGAGAUGUCGGACCCUCACGACGGCGAGUUCUCGUACAUGAGAGCGCAUUUCGAGCGCGUGGUUGGGUCCAAGGACUCUGAGACUUACUACAUGACGAUGCCUCAUGGGAACAAUGGACUUGAACUUACUGUGUUCUUCGUGAGGGUUUGA